GUGGAUAUGACCAAGGUGAACCUGGAGGUCGUCAAACCUUGGAUCACUCAGCGAGUGACUGAGGUCCUGGGGUUCGAGGAUGACGUCGUCAUAGAAUUUAUAUUUAACCAGCUGGAAGAAAAGGCCUGAACCAAUAUGGAUGUUAUACCUUGCAUCAGAAGUAUAGCACCAACACCUUAUUAGCUCUCUGCUGAGCCCAAAGUGUCACUGAGCCCAACUCUCCCUGAUGCAGUGUGUGGUUUGAGGUGAGUUAUGGUCAGGGAUCAACAUGCUAGUGAUAGAAACACUUGGAUAAUGCCAUGCCAUUUUCUCCAUAUACUUUUGAAUUGCACCACUAGUUUUUCUUUAUCUCCUCUGUAUCCUGUCUUUGGAGGGUGCUAAAAUUGACAGAAUACAGUUGAACUGUUAGGCUAUUGAUUCUCAUUUAAUUAGUUUAGACAAAAAUUACAUCAGUAGUAUCUUCAAUCUGGGCUGUGGCAAAACUGUGCUUUAAACAUUAUUACCAAGCCCACUAAGUGAUUUUGGUGAAUAUUACCAUGCACAUGGACGCUGUUCUGCAUAAAUAAGUUACAUCAGUGUACUAGUUGUCCAAGGUUUCCUUCCAGUUUGUUACAUUUCAUUUCCCCCUCCUUGAAAUUGCCCUCAAUUUGGAAAAUCCAAUCUCAUGGGUAAAAUUAUACUCAUGCGUUCUACCACUCAUACCACAUUUCCCCCCGCUUAACUAGCAUUUGGCCUAUAAAACAUGACUUCUAGGGGAAAUUAGAUUUAAUAAACUGGAUGAAACCUCAGAUAUAGAAAAAGGAAAUGUUCAAGGUUAUUGAUAGCCUUAUAGUUAAUCAACAACUGUUUUUUAAUGAACAAAUGUAUGACUCCCAACAACCCUAGGAUGCUUUAUAUUCAUACAAAGGUGUUACUGGAAUCCUGUAAGUUAUCUUACUAUCUGUUUUAGUGAACCUAGCCUAAUACUGGGAGGGAAAAUACAUUCAGCAACCGCAUACCAUAUCAUUUCUGUGCUGUUAUCUUUUGGAGGUGGGUUUUAAGCUAAAUGCUUUAACAGCACAGCAAUGAUAAGAAAAGUCCUUAUUCAUCAUUAUUUGUGAGCUAACGGGGUAUCUAACUUUUUAAUUCUUGACCUACAUGUUGAAAUAAAACCCCUUUCAAAUGUUUUGUGCACUCAUUAUUGCUUGUUCGUCUCUUACAAUUUAGAUAAAUGAUAUAACAAUAAACUCAAGGUGGUUGAGUCUCAAGCAGUAGGGCGGCGGAAGCAAGCCAAGGGAGCGUCUCUUUCUGCAGGAGACUCGGGCGCUCCAUACCCACUGAUCCUGCGGGACACGCUGAAGACACCGGGACUGUACUUGCAGUGUUGGGUUUUGAUGCACUCUGUUUUGUGGAUAUCUGUUAAUCUCUCAAAGAGUAGACUUGGGAGACAGAGAACAACAGGGCAGGGAAACUAGUGGGGGGACUGGCAGGGAAAGAUAUCUGGUCAGUUAUUUUCCAUCAUGAUUGAUGAAAAUAUUAGUGAUGGAUGGGAGAUUUAUUCAUCAGAAUAUUUUAUGAUGGGUAACUCUGCCUUAAUGCAUGUAGUGGGGGUGCUUAUACAUGGAUGAUGUACUAGUUUUGUCUCCCCUCAGCUAUUCUCAGUUUCAGGUUUAAAUUACCUAACUAAUGGGGUGGUGAGAGAGAAUUUGAAUUGCACCAUUUUAUCACAGCCUCAACAGAACAAAGGUUAGGUUGCAAUGAAGCAGUCUGUGUUGGGGCCCAGGGGUCAUACUGUAGCUAUUGUCUUUUGUUAUGAAGAUGGCUGCUAUUAUUUAGCAGGCAGGUAUAGCUUAGUGAGGAAACAAAGGGGGAGGCAGUCGCUGAGCGAGACCCCCCCCACCCCCUUUCACUCUUGUGAGUUCUCCCUCCAUGUUAAAUUGGUGUGUUGUCUUUCUCUCCCCCUUGGUGUGUGUGUUGCAGCACCCGGACAGUAAGAUGAUGCAGAUCAACCUGACGGGCUUCCUGAAUGGGAAGAAUGCCAGAGAGUUCAUGAGGGACCUGUGGCCUCUGCUGCUCAGCGCUCAGGACAACAUCGCCGGUAUCCCCUCCGCCUUCCUAGAGCAGAAAAAAGAGGAGAUCAAACAGAGACAGAUUGAGCAAGAUAAGCUUGCCUCUCUGAAGAAGAUUGAUGAUGAGAAGAAGGAAAAGGAAAACAAAGAAAACCGAGAAAGGGAGAGCCCCAGAAGGAGGAAGUCAAGGUCACAGUCUCCACGGCGACGAUCUCCAGUGAAGAGGGAGAGGAAGCGCAGUCACUCCCGCUCCCCGAGGCGUAAGCCCAGUCCCAGCAGCUCCCCUCCACCACCAGCUCCAGCUGUCACCCUGGUCAGUGUUACCCUGCCCCAGAGCACUGAGGAGCCCCAGCCUGAGCCAGACACCUCAGAGAGCGCCAUACCUGAGCCAGUCAUUCAGGAGGCCUCCUCCACCAGUGAUGUGGUGAAGCCGGACACUGUGGUUGUGGUACCUGACUCUGUGACGGAUGUCAAAGAACCCUCCCCAGAUAAGGCUCCCAAAAAGGAGAGGCCCAAGCCCAGGGAAAGGGAGAAGGAUGGCAGGAGAGAUAGGCCCCGCCACCGCUCUCGCUCCCAUUCCCGCUCCCGCAGACGACCCAGAUCACGCUCCAGAUCUUACUCCCCCCGGCGGAGGCCGAGCCCCAGGAGACGGAUGUCCCCUCGUCGUAGGAGCCCCCCCAGACGUGGCCCCCCAGGCCCCAGACACAGGCGCAGUCGCUCCCCGAUCCGCAGGCGGCGCUCUCGCUCCCCAUCAUCCUCUGGGAGCAGCUCCACGUCUCGCUCACCUCAUAAGAAGGCAAUGAAGAGAACGUCGACCACACCACCCAGGAAACAGCCCCGCGGCCAUGCAGCUGACCCCUCCCUCAGCCCCUCCAGGAGAAGAGCCCCCAAUGGCAGCCCCUCUGGGAAGACACAACGCUCUGCCUCCCCUCGGGCCAGAAAGGGCCGGGCCUCAGCCUCCCCAUCCAGAUCAGCUGGUUCAAAGAAGAAACCAGGAACGAGGAACGAUUCACCGUCUCCUGUUCCAAAACCCAGGCAGUCCGAGGCAUCAGAGUCAGAGGGGGCUACAGCAGAUUCUGUGCAGCAGCGACGUCAGUAUCGCAGGCAGAAUCGGGAAACGUCUUCAGAGGCUGGAUCAUCAUCCUCCUCGGAGGAUGAGGGGUCCAAGAGGCCGGGCGGCGGGCCAGUGGCGAGGAAUGGGGAUGUCAGGAGGAGGCGCAGUCACUCCCCCUCCUCCCCCAGGAGACGACACAGGGACGGCUCCCCCAGAAAAAGACGCUCCCCUUCCCCUGGAGGACGCAGAUCUCCCCCAAGACGUCGCAGAUCUCCCUCUCCUCCUCCUAGGCGCAGGUCUCCCUCUCCACUGCCUCGCAGACGCUCCCCCUCCCCCAGACGGUACUCUCCCCCCAUCCAGCGGCGAUACAGCCCCACUCCCCAGGGCCCACAGAAAAGAAGGCUGUCAGGGUCUCCCUCUCCCAAACGCCUAUCCCCGGUGCCCAAGCGCCGUCCCUCCAGGUCCCCUAAACGCAGGAGUCCCCCUCCCCAAAAGAGACGUACACCUCCCUCAUCCACCUCUCCCCCCAGACACAGGAAGAGCCCCAUGCUCCCAUCCAACCGACCAGGCCGGGACACUCGCUCCCCCCCUCCUGCUCACAGUAACCGCCUGUCCCCUUCCCCUGCCAACCGUGGCCGAGCCAGUCCUCAAGGGCGCUUUGACACCUCUCCACCUGGCCAGAGGCGCCAGGCGUCCCCCUCACACAGCAACAGGGCAAUCCGCAGGGUGUCCCGGACACCAGAGCCCCGCAAGAACCAGAGAGCCUCUAAGAGCCCCCAGCCGAUGAGGAGAGCGUCAUCAAGGUCACCAUCUGGUUCCCCUAAACCAGGAGCCCUGAAGCGGCCAGCCGCAGGGUCCCCCUCUCCAGGCCGCUCAGCCAGUGGAUCGCCAUCUGCACCGCCAGCUAAAAAGGCCAGCAGCGGUUCUGGUAGCCCUUCUCCAAACAAGAAUUCUGACACCGAGGCUGGAGGAAAGAAAAACAAGAAGAAGAAGAAGGAAAAGAAACACAAGAAGGAGAAGAAACAUAAGAAGCACAAGAAACACAAGAAGGAGAAGAGUGAUGUGCCGGUUGCUGUUGGGGACGACCAGGAGAACCUGGGGAUGGAGGGGGACGCAGACUCCAACCCAAAAAAGGAAUCAGACAGUGAAGUAGAAGAGUGUCUCGACGACCUGGAGAAGCACCUGAGAGAGAAGGCACUGCGUUCCAUGAGGAAAGCUGGAAAGCUGUCCCCUCCACUGUCCUGAGAAGCCCGGUCACUCCCCUCCCUCUUCUUCCUCCUCCGUUUUCCUCCUUUCCUAAUUUUCCAUUCCCUUUGUUUAGAAUUUUUCGUUAACCUUGUUCAGCUUUAGAAUGUACAAAUUGUUUAUUCUUUAGUUUGUUUUCUUUUACAGGUUUGGUAAUCUAUUGAAAGAUGGUUUUUAUCAAGAGCUUGAUAUGUCAUGUGAGAUCUCCCAAUUAAUAUUAUUAUUUUAAAAUAUUUUACCCAAAGUGUGUUAUUGCUUAUAUCCAAACUGUAAGUGUCUUUGUUGGACCCCUCAAUUUUCAAGAUAAGAUCAGGGAUGGGAACGGUAUAAUUAUGAAGCUUGCAUUGUACAAGUCUCUCAUACUACAACAUACAAAAGAUUUAACUUUGGGAAUUUAGGAUUGCAUGUGCAGCUAGCGCGUCUGCUCUGAUGUGCAUGAAACGGACUGUAAACAAAAGCAAAUACACAGAUCAAAGCUGUCAUUUUUCCCCUUUUGUCAGCGGGCAUUGUAUGGUAUUGCUAUGCUGUGUGCUCUCUAAAAUGGGGAACGAAUCCGAACAGUCUGUUUUUCCAUUAUUUUUGUUAUGUAAUAGAGGUGUUUGGCCUUGCAGUAAAUUCUGGCUCUGAAAAAGUCCAAGUUUAAAAAUAACUGGAUUUUUCAUGAGGAUUCUAACUUUCUCUGACCUCAUCAGAGAGCCGGGGUUUGAUUUCCCACAUGGGUUGAUAUGCAGUCAUACUUUGAGUUCACACUGAUCCACUCUUUUGCAUUGAGCUAUUCAUUUUUGUGGGACUGCUAUUUGACUUGUAUUUAAAAACUCCUGCUUUUGUCAUCCUUUCAGAAUUAAAUGAUUUUUUUAUAUUAAAACUCUAAAGUGA